CCCUUCUUGUGACCGUGCUUCUCAUCUUCAUCAUCAUCAUCCUCAUCAUCAUCAUCGUCAUCAUCGUGCUUAUAAUGCUUAUCAUCAUCAUCAUCCUCAUCAUCGUCAUCAUCAUGAUCCUUACCACCCUUCUUGUGGAAAGCAACGUUAGCGUGAUCCAAGACACGGAUAGCAGCAGUACCAGCUUCAUAGGGACCCAUAGCCUUGAUUGUGAUCUUGUGGGGACCCUUUGCCAAGUCAAAGACACCUUUACUGAAACGAUCGUCCUUGAGAGCCUCCUCAGGAGUGGCAGCAAAGACUUGAUCAUCUUUCAUAGCAUCAACCUUGGUGGUCAUACCAAGAGAUUUACCAUUGUCGAAGACCUCAAACAUAUCACCACGGUUCUUGAAGUCAGUGAUUUGGAUACGAGCGCUGGCAUCGACGUUCAAGUCAAAUGAUUCUUGGGCAACGGCCUCUUCGCCCUUCCAGCGGAAAGUGACAAAUGCAUCACUUAAAGGAGCAGCAGCUACUGAUUCUUCAGCGAUGAAAUUGACAGGGUUAAAAUCGGCGUUGGUUGCAUAUGCAGAUGUAGCUAAUAAUGCGAUUGCAGCGGAAAUAGCAAAAACUGAACGCAUCUUUUUUGUUAGAAGAUAU